GUUGAAUAGGGCAACAUCCGAAGAUGGCUGAGCUGGCUGAGAACGAGGACUAUGUGAUUCUGACGCCAGAGACGCCGUUGCUGCCUGAAUCCAUGCUCGCAGACACUCCGUCGCAGCAAGACGGCAUCGACGUUGCACUCGAAGAGGAUCUCCGCUUGCUUGGCUGCGAGCUCAUCCAGACGUGCGGAGUGCUCCUCAAGCUGCCUCAGGUGGCGAUGGCGACCGCGCAGCAGCUCUUCCAACGCUUCUUCUACAAAAAGUCGUUCAUGCGACAUCGCUACGAUGUCACCGCAAUGGCGUGCCUGUACCUCGCUGCCAAGAUUGAGGAAAACCCAAGACGCAUUCGAGACCUCAUCAACGUGUUUCAUCACGUCUUCCAGACAAAGCUACGGCGCACAGCACAAGCCAUCGCUGCUGCCACGGCAGAUUGCACUAGUGCGCCCGCGUCGUCCUUCCGACCGGUACCGCUUGAUAUCGCGUCGGAAAUGUACCUCGACACUCGGGGUGCCAUCAUCACGGCAGAGCGCAGGGUGCUCAAGGAUCUCGGAUUUUGCGUUCACGUAACGCGCCACCCGCACAAACUGCUUCCAACCUACUGGAAUACGUUGGGCUUGCAAAUGGAUUUGAUGUGUACCGAAGAAGACGACAACAAGGCCGACAAGUCUUCCAACGAGAGGGAGGGCGAGCACGACCAACCACAACAACAGCAGCAACAACAACAGCAGCAACAACAGAAACAACAACAACAACAGGAAGAAGAACUUCUUCUUCCCGUAUAUGUCGCGCCGCCAGUCUCCAUCAUCCAGCGCGCGUGGAAUUACAUUAAUGACAGCAUGCGCACCAAUGCAUGUGUGCGCUUUUCUCCAGAAACAAUUGCAUGUGCCGCGAUUCAUCUAGCUUGCUGCAAGGAAGGCAUUGCGCUUCCACUCAAUCCCCCGUGGUGGGAGGCGUUUGAUGCGAAACUCGAGGAUAUCAACACCAUCUGCCGAUUGCUGUUGACUCUAUAUCGUCGCCAACGGCGGCCCAUCCUCGAGAUCGAACAGCGGCUUGCCACAGUGCUCGCCCGCGCCAAAAACAUGGCCUCGUAUCCUCUGCCUGUUCACGUUUCCAUGAAGAUGCCGACAGCUGCCGCUGCCAUUCCCCGAUCGGAAUCCCCAUCCGCCCAACAAGCAUCUCCGGCAGGAGCGGCGAAGCUCUCCGUUCCAGUCGUCGUCGUAGCCGAAGCCGUAGCCCCAGCCGCAAUCGCAGCCGUAGCCGUAGCCCCAGCCCCAGCCGCAGCCGCAGUCGCAGCCGCAGUAGAUCCCCUGGGCGACGACACCGAAGCAACAGUCCUGGUCGAGGCCACUCUCGUCCAGACGACCGAAAACGGGACAGUUCUCGCCAUGAUCGCCACCGAGAGGAUCGCGAUCGUGACCGUGGUCGAGAUUCGUACGAUCGAUCCCGAUCGAGGCAUUCUGCCUACGACCGCGACCGCGAAGAUCGAGGCCGAGAGCGCGAGCACGAACGUGAGCGAGAUCGAUACCGGUCUCGCCGAUAGUGCUGGUUUACUUGUUGAAAUACAUUCCGUUCUAUCGCAUUUUGGCAGUUGA